AUGGAAGGACGAGCGAGCGGCAGCGCAGGAGCGGCGGCGGCGGGUUUGUCCAACACGGUAGUGCCCGUUACCGCAUGGCAGAUAUUCUCCAGCCGCCAUGCCGCGAAGGUCGCUGUAGCCGCUGAGCUUGCUGCCACUGGCCGUUCCAUGAAGAAUGGAAAGGGUGCCCGCAGUCGGCAAAUCCACCUGGUGUGCAAGACCUGCACAAGUUGGGUUGUUAGGGGCUGCCAACAGAAAGGUGAUGAUUUCAAGAUCACCAAGCAAGGUAGAGGGCUCGCACGUCGACUGUGCUGGGGGCGGGCGGACGAGCUCCGCAGUAGUACAAAACCCCUCGUGGACCAGUUGGUUAGGGCCAACCCCAAGAUCGUCGGUCCCGCGAUUAAAAGGACCCUGAAGACCGUGGGAUUUACCGUCUCCGACCGGCAAUCUCAACGCGCGAAGAAGCGCAUCGCGACCGCGUCUAAGGAGGAUGAAGCGGCUGCCAUUUCGCGUCUUCCAUCCCUUUUCGAAGGGACCGAGCGCGAUUGCCCAGGUUCGGUUGCCACCGUCGAGGUGAGUCCCGACAACCGGUUCGUCAGGAGCUUCCUGAUGUUUCGCAGGGGCGGGAACUGA